AUGGAGAACAUCCUCUCCUUUCUGAAUACGUGUACUGAAUCAUGGUUAAGCUUUGGAUCAGCUUUCUUUGAUACUGACUCCAAUUACAUCUUCUUGAGUGGAGUGGGGUUUAUUCUUCUAUACCUAUGUUAUGUGAUAUUGAAACCAUCAUUACCAUCACCUUGGAAAAGUCAGGACAGAAAGUGGCGGGGCACAGCUAAGAAGGGAAGGAGGAGGUCAUGUAAAGGUUAUCGAGCUUCCCAGAGACAAACACAGGAGCACAGGAAGCUGCUGUCUGUCGUGCAAAGCCCCAUAGGUGAGCUGUAUGAUUGCUCCCACUUUCGGCAACUGCUAUGUCCAGAUCCCCUCUGUGAUGUGUGUAAUGGAGCAACUACUAAGAUCAGUCGUCUGCUUUCUCAGGCCACCCACGAAGAUGGUGCUGCCUCUGUAUCCAGUGUACAUUCUACAGUUUCUGUGACUGAGACGUCACUGACUCUGUCCUUUCCCCUCCCAGAAAAUCCUAUAGGACAUCUAAUUUCAGACCCUCCACAGAAGCCUUCUCUACAUUUGUCCUCUAUUAUUUCACCUCACCAGAGUGCUCACUUGGAAGAUAAACUUUCUGCCUCGUCACUGGAUGACUCCCUACUGUCAGAGUCCAUUCCUGUGAAUGCUAAAUUCCCACUGGACCAUGACUCACUCUAUUCACUUGACUCUUUCCCUCUUCCACAACAACAUGCCACUCAGGAAACAGAACUGCUCCAGUCAGCAACCAUUCUGUCUCUGGUGGGCAGCCCUAGGAAGCUGUUCACUAACGCCACAAUAAACAAAGGCAUUUGCAGUUCAGGGCCUGCGGUGUCAGAAUUGAUGCAGUAUCAGACUGAUGCUGGCAACUCUUCACAGUUGGAGUCAGCACAUUCAGCUAACCUAGAGCUUUUUGACCUCCAUUUUUCUGAAUCCUACUUAUGGGGAAACACCACAAGCUACCUCACAUUGCCUGGAAACCUUCACUCUUCUAGCCCCAAUGGCAUGGCACUUCUAGAGAGGCAAGAUGGAAGGAGAGAGGAUUCAUUUACAACUUGGGGGAAGAUCUCAGAGUCUGAUCAACAGAAUCUGGCAGUUUCACAUCCUCUGGAGAGCAGCAAUGGCCAACGAGAGAGACUUCGCAUGCACCAGCAGUCGCCUUAUCCCAAGACUUCUGAAGACCAGCUUGAAGCCAACCCCUUCCAGCUCUUCUGGGGCCUCCCUUCUCUACACAGCGAGUCUAUGAACUCUGUGGCUUCUGUGUGGGCUGACAGUUCCCACAUCUCUGGAUGCUUCAACAGACUUGAAGAUUCCUUAAUGCUUACCCCACACACACAGCUGUCCCUGCCUGAGAGUCUACUACAGAACUCGCCCCAACCUCUCUCUCCAGCACAGUCCCAGGCUCAGCUUCAACCUCCAAUCCCAGUGCUUUCAUCAUCUCCUCGGUCCCAACUUAAAAUCUGUGGGGUGUAUUUUCACAGACCCAAGGAUGAGGCCCCACUUCUUGAGCCAUCUGCUGUGCACUGCCUGGAAUACAACAUCUUGAAAAAGGAACAGGAGAAAGUGUGGGGUUUACCCACUGUGGUCAAAACUUCCCAGGAAAAAUUUUGUCCCCCACCUCCCAAACCCUCAUUGGCCAGGCUGCCUUCAAAGACCCAUGUUCCAAGGUCCAUCUCUUUUGGAAAUUUCCUCCUCACCAAUGAGCUCCAGAAGAAACUUGAGCACCACCUUCGAAAGAGGCUCAUCCUCCAACGCUGGGGCCUUCCCCAGAGGGUCCUGAAGUCUCGAACAUGGAUGAAUCCUCAGGCAGAACUUCCAGAGCCAUCCUCAUCUGCAAGCAACUAUGGGCUUUCAUGGAUCUCUUUCUUUAAGAAACAUAGCAACAAAGACUUCUACAGCAUUGCAUUGAACCAACCCGGAAGCUUUCCAGCAAGGCAAUCAGGGGAAAAACUGUUGAAGGAAAAGGGACAUAGCCUAGAGACUGUUCAAAAACACCAGCAAUGGAGGAACAUCAAGGGCACUCUAGAUAAUGGCCUGCAGUCUGACGGUAAGACAAACCUACCACACCACUCAGGCAGUCUUUCAGGAAAACCUUCAGGGGACUCAGAGGUGAGCCAAUGUCAGAACAAACUUGAAACUUCUCUGCAAGAACUUCUGAUCAGGCCUCUAAAUAAAACAAAUGAGGGUCAGGUCCCUGGCCCCAUGUCCAGGUCAGGACAUCAUCCUCUCCCUUUUUCCUCAUGUGUGAGCAUCAAAGAUCACAAGGCCCAGAGACAGACACCUUCUGAUAACAAGGAUGAGCAUAUUAGAACAAAAAAGAGAAUGACAAAGUCUGUUCUGCCACAGACAUCCAUUAUCUUAGACAGCACCAGCCUGGAAAAGUCAGAGGACAAUAGACACAGCCCAGAUGUGCCCAGAAUGUCGGCCAAGACUGGCCCUGUGCCAUUGGGCAGGAGAUUAAGUUCUGAGGAAAUAGUCAAUAGGCCUCAAGGAGCAAAUAUGAAUGACAAAAAUGCAUAUGUAUCCAACAAGAUCAGUAACAUAGUCAAGGGAGGGCAGCUCAGUGGUCUUCAGCUACAACCUACCAAGAUCUUCAACACCAGCCAGUAUGAGAGUGCCCAGGGGGCAGAUGGGAAUACAACAGAAGCACAACGUACUCUGUUAUCUGGAAGGGCCAUGAAGGGAAUAUCAGGCCCCCAGGAAACUCAGACAUCUGACUUGAACAGUCAGGUGUCCAGGGAAGAGAAAUUUAAAUCAGAGAGCAGUCAGCCUAUCCAAGCUCUAGAGCCCCAAAACAGUGUGCUCCUUGUCUCAGAAAAAUUCAGUUACAACGUGUUACUCAGUCAGGACCCUUCCAGCAGACCUGUGGAUGCUGCUCAGGUGCGGCAGGUCCGCUUGUCCACAGCAGGGCCUAGUGUGGAACAGCAGCAGGAGCCCUGGAUGCCUCCAUAUGUCUCAGAGAAGGGCCAAAACAAGGAGCUCCCUCCAUCUGCCAAGAAAGCACACCCUCCAGCCUGCAAGCCAGGAGAGCUUGGUGCGGGUGAUGCUUUCCUUGGCCAAAAGGAAUAG